CGAGGCGACGCUCGCGAGCCGCUUGGCAGGAGGACGACGACCAACGCGCCCGCAUUAGGGUCGCCAGCCGCAAACACGAAGCGACGCGUUCGUAUAACGCACGUGACGGUCCCAGCGCCUUGUUCUUGUUUCGUUUUUUCUUCUUCCUUUCUGUUCUAACGCUCGACGAUGCAAAAGUAGACUGAGUGAGAGAAGAGAUAUACACGAGCCGCUUGUCCGGGAUACGUAUAUAAGAGUAGACUGGUCCGCGAGUGGGCUUCAAUACGAGAUUGGUCCAGGCAAGUGUAGUAGCUUUCGUGAAGUUGGUGGCCUUGGAACUGGACGUCGACUCUCUGCAACGAACUUCCACAAUGACUUAUGGGAAGAAAACGCAAGCUGCUUUCCUGACCUGUAGUGCGCUACUGAUGCUAUCGACGGGCAGAGCCACCGUGGCGGCUACUUUUCCGAGUGGCUACUUCUACCCGCGGGCCUACCUGAGCGGCCCCGCUCAGCACACGGCAAGUCCCAGCACGCAGCACCAGUUUUAUGCUGCCAGUAGUCCCGUGGCGUCAAGCAGUAAGAGUGGCACUACAUACGUGAUCCGCUCGCUACGAGAAGGCGAGAUGAUCAAGCCAGAGCAGACGACCAUGUCGGGUGGGUUCGACGCAUACGCUAGCAGCCCGGUGCUGUCAGCAGCGUUCCCCAACUACGAGCGGAACUUCAACUACGUCAGGCCAUAUCUCUCAGGGCCGGUGAUGGCACCAUGGCAAUUCGUUCACUGAGUCACUGACGUCUUCAGGUUCAAGGCACAGAAUGAAAGUAGUAUGGACCAAAGAAGAAAACAAGCAAAAUUAUUUUUCUUACAAAGCGAGUGAUUAUUUUGUCAUUCUCGAAGAAAAAAAGGGCCUAAUUCAAGAAUGGCCAAACGACAUGUGCAACCAUCGCAUCUGCAGAUAAAGGGGUGCUUGGACAGAACCGUGGAACGGAUUUCGCAAGAAAUUAUUACGACGUCCACCAGGUUGCACGGAUGCUUUAAAUCUGCAAAUGCUUCCUGAGUUUAUUUUCGCAUUGUUUGUAUACUUUCAUUUGCAUCUGUAUCUUCAUUAAAGCGCAAUUGUUCGAAUAUUCA